AUGUCGGUGACAGUGACGCUGGAGCCGGCGGGCCGCUGCCGCUGGGACGAGCCGGUGCGCAUCACCGUGCGCGGCCUGGCCCCGGGGCAGCCGGUCACGCUGCGCGCGUCCUUGCGCGACGAGAAGGACGCGCUGUUCCGAGCCCACGCGCGCUACUGCGCCGACGCCCACGGCCAGCUGGACCUGGAGCGCGCGCCCGCGCUGGGCGGCAGCUUCGCGGGGCUCGAGCCCAUGGGGCUUCUCUGGGCUCUGGAGCCCGAGAAGCCUUUUUGGCGGUUUCUGAAGCGGGACGUGCAGACGCCCUUCGCCGUGGAGCUGGAGGUGCUCGAUGGCCACGACCCUGACGCCCAGUGGCUCCUGGGCCGCGCGGUGCACGAGCGCGACUUCCUGGCGCCCGGGGUGCGGCGCGAGCCCGUGCGCGCGGGCCGGGUGCGCGCCACGCUCUUCCUGCCGCCGGGACCAGGACCUUUCCCAGGGAUCAUUGACAUCUUUGGUGUUGGAGGAGCCCUGUUGGAAUAUCGGGCCAGCCUUCUGGCUGGCCAUGGCUUUGCCACGUUGGCUCUAGCUUAUUGUGAUUUUGAAGAUCUUCCCAAGAAAUUCGACACCAUACACCUGGACUACUUUGAAGAAGCCCUGUGCUACAUGCUUCAACACACCCAGGUAAAGGGCCCUGGCAUUGGACUUCUGGGCAUUUCUUUAGGGGCUGAUAUUUGUCUCUCCAUGGCCUCAUUUUUGAAGAACAUCUCAGCCACAGUUUCCAUCAAUGGAUCUGGCUUCAAUGGAAACAAAGCCAUAUACUACAAGGAGAAUAGCAUUCCACCACUGGGCCAUGACCUGAGGAGAAUGAAGGUAGCUUUUUCAGGCCUCCUGGACAUUGUGGAUAUAAGGAAUGAUAUUGUAGGGGGAUGUGAGAACCCCUGCAUGAUUCCAAUAGAGAAGGCCCAGGGGCCCAUCCUCUUCAUUGUUGGUCAGGAUGACCAUAACUGGAGGAGUGAGUUAUACGCCCAGAUAGCCUCUGAACGGUUACAGGCCCAUGGAAAGGAAAAACCCCAGAUCAUCUCUUACCCUGGGACUGGGCAUUACAUUGAGCCUCCUUACUUCCCCAUGUGCCCAGCUUCCCUACACAAAUUAUUGGACAAACCUGUGAUCUGGGGUGGGGAGCCCAGGGCUCAUUCUAAGGCCCAGGUAGAUGCUUGGAAGCAAAUUCUAACCUUCUUCACCAAACACCUUGGAGCUUGUCCCAAAUUGUAAUGCCCCAAAUUGUAAUUGGUCUGUUAUUGACAGGAGAGAUUCAAGGUCAGAUUUUAGUGUUUAAUAAUCUUAUGUGAAUCACUUGUCCCCUGGAUAACACUAAAUUCAUGUCAUUGGUAUUAAUGCAAUAUUUUAGGUAACUUUUUUGAGAUUAAUUUUGUCAUUAAUUUUUCUAAUGUAACACAUGCCUAUUGUAGAAGAUUCAAUUAGAAGUAUACAAUACUAAAUAGUAAAAAGUAUCACCACUAUUAAAAUUUGUGUUUUCAUCUAGAUUUUUUUACUUAACACUUUGAGGCACAGAUGAAAUUUAAAGCUGAACAAAUACUGGGCUACUUUUUCCAUCACUGGGAGAGAAUGGCCAUUCAGUGUUUGCUACUGGUUAAACUACUGGUAGCAGGGUAGAAUUUUCAUUGGCUAAAAUAUACAGAGAGGUGUUGAUAGAAGGAAAGCCAGACUGACCUUUUUCUCAUGGAGAUUAGAGAAGAAUCCUCUGAGAGGAGUUACGGUAAGAAGGGGAGCAUCUGGCUCUAGAUGGUUAAGUCAAAACUCUGUUCCAAAGGUGGUUGACUAUGAGCUAUUUUCCUUUUUGCUUCCUGGCUCUAAGAACAGACUUUGAAAAACCAUACUGUGACAUUCUUACAGGCAUCAUCAUCACUUUCUUUGACAUCAAGGCUACAAACUAUUGUGUAAGUGUAUCUGAAGAGAUAAUGGCUGAGAAUUUUCUAAAGCUGACAAAGACAUCAGCCACAUAUUCCAACAGCACUAUGUCUUAGUCACCUUAGGCUUCUAUAACAAAAUACCAUAGAUGGGGUGGCUUAAAC